CCACAUAAUAGGAGAGGGGUUCUGUUAGCAGGACUUUGGGGAAGCCCUGGCAUGGCUGUGUUCGCUUUGUGAAGGUCACUUUUCAUACUCACCUCGCCAUACCAGCAGAUAAGCCCUGGGCAGGUGUAACUGGAGGAAAGGCAGGCAGUAGGUCUGCCUUUCUCAUCACAAACAAACAGUAGCUCUACUGGGGACACAGGGUUGCUAUGAAGCUUGCCAAGCAGGUGCCCUAAGAAAUCAAAUCCAACUUUAUUAUAAACCCUGCAGCUGGAAUGAAAGGGGCGAGUAGUGCUAAACUUGGUGCUCAUUUUGCCAUAGAAUUAAUGAGAAUGACAUCAAAUGCCACAAGGAGGGGUAAUUCCCAAAUUCCAGCUCUCCCUCAGUGGCCACCCACCAGAUUUUCCACUGCUGUGGCAAAGACAAGGUAGGUGGCAGAACAAUGCCUGCCACCUUUACCUCUUGCACCUUCCUAGGCACAUGCACAACACUAACUGUAAAUCUGAGCUGGGAAAGCACAGCACAGAUUCUGUAAAUACCAAGUAGGCUUUUUCCUGGAAAACAUCUUCUGUCUUACGAUAGUGCAUUUACUAUUGUUUUCUUAAACCAUCACAAAGUCGAUGUUAUGAUUAUGUCUCAUAAACCCAUUUCUAUUGUUUAUUAGGUAAUCAAUUAAUAACAUGAGAAGUACAUCCCAAGGAGGUGGACAGCUCUUUCCAUUCAGAAGUACAGUCUGUACACCUUGCUAAUCUACAAAAUCCAAUUGCUUCUCACCAACUUGUUAGGCAUCAUGAUGCAUUGGCUACCAGCAGUCCUGUGCAGAAUGUUCCCCGCAACCACUGGAAGGCCAACAGCAGGAUGUAGUAAGUUGUGUUGGAAUUUCUUGCCUGUUAGAAUUUCUUCUAAUGCUGUAAGCAAAAACAUAACAUUGAUAAAAGAACAAGCAGCAGGAUCCUUGUGAAAGGAUAUAAACACUGCAAAUGGAACCCCAGAUGGGCUCUUGGGAGGUAUCAGGUCUAUUUUUUUGUUCUGUACAGGGGUAUGCUAGAACAGUGAAAGGUGACAGUGUCUUUUACAAGCAAUUAGAUCCAUCAGAAAACACAGUGAGUAGUCUCUGCCUCCCCUGUUAGCAAGUCUUCUGUUUCCAGCUAGCCACUCAGCAGUGAAACUCAAUGCCUAGCAGCAUAAAAGGAUCAUUUAGCUUGAAACAACAAUCCAGUGCAGGUUUAACCUUUUCUGUGUUGUUGUUUGUUUGUUGGGUUUUAUUUCUCUUUUAAUUUGGCCCAGCUCAGCAGCAUUGUUUCUAAGCAACAGGAGAAAUCUACAGUCCAGUGUGAAGCCAUAGUGUAAUUACCCUGGCAUACAAACUGAGUGGCAGAGGCAAGAAAGGAACAGCAAUAUCAAGAGGGAAUUUCUCCUUAUAGAUACCUGAAGUCAGAGGCUCCAAACCCAGAUCCUGAGGCCUUUUCCGAGAGUUGACACAGAUCCCAUUGAGCAUCUGUUACAGGAGCUAGAGUAUGGAAAGAAAACGCCUGAAGAAAGAGGUUGAAAAACUGCUGGGAGAUUAUGUUGGCAUCAGACUGCAAGAAAAUGAAUUCGAUCCAAGAGGACAAAGGCAGCCCACUUUUCUAGAUGACAUGGUCCAUUACAACUUAUCCCUCAGCAUUGCUUUGAUGUGGCUUCGUGACUUGGGUGCUCAGGCUGCACUGACAAGAGAGAAAAUGAAUUUUGCAGCUCACAACCGAUACGCAUAUCCCAACCGAAUUGAGAGAGAAGCUAUGAUAUUAUCUUCAUAUGCUGGAAUAUUAAUGAACAGCAUUCCUGUUGAAGAGAUCUUUGAGAUUUACAGGCCCUCAGCAGCACACUGUCAAAGCUCUGCAAAGAACCACUGGAUUCAUCCUUUCAAGCUCUCCCUGCAUCCAUUUGCCAUGCUGACUGCCCCUGAAGCUGCACAGUAUGCCUGCAAGCAAAGCAUCAGGUUCCAGACAGCAGCAGCAUAUCAAAAGAACAGCCCUGGUUCAAGGAGAGCUAAAAAGGACAGCAAGCAACUGGACUCACUGACCAAAGGAAAACACCAGGUUGGCAAUCAGGGAGUUACAGAAGCAAAACAAGGAAUCCCUCCGGAGAAGCCUGGAACUGAUUCAAAAGCAAGGAAUGCAAAGGAAACAAAGACAUAAAGACCCAGACUUAUGUACCUCACUUAGCUGUAGGUGAGCUAAUGGAUGUCUGCUGCCUUAGCUUUGGUAAUACAUUUGCAACUCAU